GCCGGCGCGGCAGCGGGCUUCGGGCGCACGGCGGGGGGCACCGCCGGUGCGCGUUCUCCGGGAGACUGGUGGAGAACGGCCCGUUGUGCUGCGUGGGCCCUGCUGUAAGUGACAGCCUAAGUCGGGAAGCGUUCUCUUGCCACCGUGCAGACCGCAUGCAGCAACGCCGCGUAACGCACAGUAAGAAGGGGCCCGGAUAACUCCGUACAAGAAAGAAUAGGCAAGAGCUCACUUGUCUUUUCAGCCGGAGCUCUGGCUCUGCAUGGCUCUCUUGGGUGUGUUUUCCUGGACUAGCUGUUCCCCUGUGUAAAUCCAUGCUGUCACUGCAGUACACUAACAAAAUUCCCUCCAAGCUACGUUGGCUUAUGGAGAGAGUCUGACAUCCCUGACAGACUAAAGUGCCUAUGAAGAAUGCAGUUGUCUUCUAGACCCUUUUGACCACCUGAUCUGAUUUAAAUCCUGCUGUGACCACAAUGAAUGUGGAACAUGAAGUUAGCCUCUUAGUUGAGGAGAUUCGGCGGUUGGGAACCAGAAAUGCUGAUGGACAAGUCAGCGUGAAAUUUGGUGUGCUCUUUGCUGAUGAAAAGUGUGCCAACCUCUUUGAAGCCCUAGUGGGAACUCUUAAGGCUGCAAAACGACGGAAGAUUAUCACUUAUCCAGGGGAGCUACUUUUACAAGGCGUUCAUGAUGACGUUGAUAUCAUGCUGCUGCAGGACUGAUGCAGUGUUUCAGCUAUGCAUUAAUGGAAUUCUUUGAGAUGAUGACUUGCAACAUCCUCUGAAUAAGGCUGAUCAUUCUAAGGUGUUUUGAUGCAUUUUCUAUAUCUUUAUAGUCAAAAGGAAACUGUCCUAUUUUGGAAAACAUUCCUUUUUGUAGUUCUUCCUAAAAUUGUACUGUAUGUGAGUAAGGAAAAAGAUGGCAUAUCUCCUUUUUUUUCCUCCCCCCCCAAAUCUCAGGUAAUGCUCUCAAAUGUCUGGUAGUUAUUUUUCAACAUAUGAAGAAGAGGACCAGUAAUUUAAUGUUUACAAAGCAAAAUGUGCCAUGAAAGUGUAAAAUAAAAGCACAUACUUAAAUUUAUGUAA